ACAGGCCGAGGCAGAAAGCUCUGUGCAGAGGAGAAGCUGGGGUCCACUUCCAUCCUGUCUUCACCUUGCCUGCCUACACGACCUUGGAGUUACCAUGCAGGAACUGUGCCUGCUUUGCUGGGCUGUUCUCCUGAACCUGGUGCAAGCUUGUCCGGAGUCCUGUGACUGUAGCAAGAAGUAUGGCUUCCAGAUUGCAGACUGUGCCUAUCGUGACCUGGAGGCCGUGCCACCAGGCUUCCCAGCCAAUGUGACCACACUGAGUCUGUCAGCCAACAGGCUGCCAGGCCUGCCGGAGGGAGCUUUUAACGAGGUGCCCCUACUGCAGUCGCUGUGGCUGGCACACAAUGAGAUCCGCUCGGUGGCUGCUGGUGCCCUGGCCUCUCUGGGCCAGCUCAAGAGUCUGGAUGUCAGUCACAAUCUCAUCUCCGAGUUUGCCUGGGGCGACUUGCACAACCUCAGCGCUCUGCAGUUGCUCAAGAUGGACAGCAAUGAGCUGGCCUUUAUCCCUCGGGAUGCCUUCCGCAGCCUCCGUGCCCUGCGCUCCCUGCAGCUCAAUCACAACCGUCUGCACUCUUUGGCUGAGGGCACCUUUGCACCCCUCACCGCGCUGUCUCACUUGCAGAUCAAUGACAACCCUUUUGACUGCACCUGCGGCAUUGUGUGGUUCAAGACAUGGGCCCUGGCUACAGCAGUGUCUAUUCCGGAACAGGACAACAUUGCCUGUACUUCACCACAUGUGCUGAAGGGCACCCCACUGAGCCGUCUGCCACCCCUGCCCUGCUCAGCACCCUCGGUGCAGCUAAGCUACCAGCCCAGCCAGGACGGAGCAGAGCUGCGGCCUGGCUUUGUGCUGGCACUCCACUGCGAUGUGGAUGGACAGCCAGUCCCCCAGCUUCACUGGCAUAUCCACACCCCUGGUGGCACAGUGGAGAUCGCCAGUCCUAAUGUAGGCACCGACGGACGUACCCUACCUGGUGCCCUUGCAGCCAGCGGGCGGCCACGCUUCCAGGCCUUUGCCAAUGGUAGUCUACUUAUCCCUGACUUUGGCAAGCUGGAGGAGGGCACCUAUAGCUGUCUGGCCACCAACGAGCUAGGCAGUGCUGAGAGCUCUGUGAAUGUGGCACUGGCCACUCCUGGCGAGGGGGGCGAGGAUACACUGGGACGCAGGUUCCAUGGCAAAGCAGUGGAGGGCAAAGGAUGCUACACAGUUGACAACGAGGUACAGCCGUCUGGACCCGAGGACAAUGUGGUUAUCAUUUACCUCAGCCGUGCCGGGGCCCCGGAGGCUGCAAUUGCAGCAGAAGGGAAGCCUGCGCAGCAGCUCUCGGGCCUGCUUCUACUGGGCCAAAGCUUGCUUGUUCUCUCCCUUGCCUGCUUCUAACCACACCUUGUCCCAGCUGGCUGGAGCAGCCCCAGGGCCUUUCCAGCUCCUCCUGACCCUGCCAAGGUUCCUUCUAAGUACUGAGGUCUGGGGCUGGUGAGGCCUGAGGUUGGCCUGGCAACUUCAUAUUUUCCUACCUCCCUUUCUAAGCUCUUCCAGGCCACUCGUUGCUCCAACUUGUCGAUCUGCUCAGAGCUAGCAGCUAGGAUAGAACCAUAUCCCAGAACUCAUCGUCUCUGGUGCUAAUUGCUGCUAACAGUAUUGCCUAUGCUCCUGUCAGGGGCAGCAUGCUAACAGGGCACCAAUGAUGCCCUAACCCUGGCCCACUUUAUGCACUGAGGUAAGGAGCUUGGGGAGGCCACCCAAGUGGGUACUGGGGCCGGGUUGGAGGGGAACCUGGAGUGGCCAGUACAGGAUCUGGAAAGGGGGUACUACAGGAAGGGCUGGGGAUGCUGAAAGCUCUCCCUGUCUUCUUAAUGUCCUCUGGUGAAAUGUGGAAACUGUCCCUGGCUGGGCCUCUCUCUCCUCUCGCUCCAAAUCCCACAGCCUGUGCCUGCUUCUCGAGACUCUUGUCCCUCCUUUAUUUCCAAGUGUGUACCGGUAACCUGCCUCUCCAAAGAAGCUAGCCAGUCUGGGAUAGCCGGGGGAAAAAAUAAACAGCAUUUCUGAUGCC